AUGGACACACAAGUUGAUCCAAACCAGGAAGUUCUUUUUCGUCCAUUUAAGAGAAGAAAGUUCCAGCGACGCCGGCCUGACGACACAGAGAGUCAACCAGAAUCGCCAGCGUCAAACGACGCUCCGGUAACUCAGGACCCUCAAAGCGAUGUUGAGACUAUACAAACAGCCGACGCACUACGUCUUCGACGGCUCCAACGCUCUCGGAAGGGUGGCAUAGAGUUCUCAGCUACUUCGCGACCGACCGCCGGCCAAGCGAACAAGACGUCACUUCCUACGGCAAUAGCGGAGGACACAGAGGGCGACCGGCUGCGAGCCAUGUGUGAUCGCUUCACAGCGCAUACCGGGCAGACAGUCGAUGUUGACAAGCACAUGAUGGACUAUAUAGAAUCCGAACUGGCUAAACGCUACCGACAGGGACUACCGGGAGAUACACCUGGUCUGGAUGCAAUUGACCGGCGCGCAGUUGACAGCACACUACCCACAUCCGAGCUUCCCCAGCGUGAGCCCGCCGCUCUCGGAAAGCUUCACGAAAUAGAUCUUGGACAAGAGGCCAGGCUGCGGAAUAUUGCUCGAACGGAAGAGGCGACGAGGAGACUGAAUGGUGAUGAUGAUGAGCUGUCCACCAGCCGCUCCCCCAGUAAGCCACCUCGGUACCGAAAACGACGGACAAGCCAAGAUAUAAUGAGGGACCGAUUAGUCGAGGAAGUUCUGCGGGAGAGUAAGCUGGAUGUUUACGACGAACCAGAAGGAGAGGAAGCGGCAGCGGACGACUUGGCGGCCGAUGAUAGAGUUGCGGAACAAUUCCGACGAGAGUUUAUGGAUGCUAUGCAGUCCCGCAGACGAAUGCCUCGGACGAAGCCAGCGACAAAGCAAACGGAAGCACCGAAGGGACCAAAACUUGGAGGCAGCAGGAGUGCCAGGGCAGCAAUGCGCGAAAUGCAAGAGAAGGGGGCCCGGAAAUGA